CUUAGCUCCCGCGCUAGAGAGAAACAUGUAUCGUUUCCGAUCGCAGCUCUUCACGGGGAUUUCUGCAGCCGCCAUCGCCCGCUCUCACCCACGCCGCUCCUCGCCCCUGUUAGCCGAAGCCUCGCCGCUCAGCCGCCCGCCGCACCGACGCUCGAGUAAAAAGUGCAGCUCCAUUGGCUGAUCCUCGUUGAGCUCCGAGUCUAGGCGGCACCGGGCGUCCCACGAUGCCGAAGAAUAAGAAGCGGAACACUGCCCACCGCGGUGGCAGUGGUGGCGGCGGCGCAGGGACAGCUUCAGCGACAGCGGCGACAGCAGGGGGCCAGCGCCGGAGCGUCCAGCCCUUCAGCGACGAGGAUGCCUCCAUCGAGACCAUGAGCCACUGCAGCGGCGACAGCGACCCCCCCAGCCUCGUCGAGGACGGACCAGAGGCCCUUGACGAGGAGGGGACGCAGGAGGACCUGGAGUACAGGCUGAAGGGGCUCAUUGACCUGACCCUGGACAAGAGUGCGAAGACCAGGCAGGCGGCUCUGGAAGGUCUUAAAAACGCACUGGCUUCCAAACUGCUCUCUGAAUUCAUCCUGGAGAGAAGGAUGACCCUGACCGACAGCAUUGAGCGCUGCCUGAAGAAAGGUAAAAGCGACGAGCAGCGUGCGGCGGCCGCCCUGGCGUCCGUGCUGUGCGUUCAGCUGGGCCCCGGCAUUGAGAGCGAGGAGGUUUUGAAGACCCUCGGACCCGUCCUGAGGAAAGUCAUCUGCGACGCAGCGGCCAGCACCCAGGCGCGGCAGGCGUGUGCAACAUGCUUUGGUGUUUGCAGUUUUAUUGCCACGGAUGACAUCACUGAGCUGUUUUCAACUCUGGAGUGUUUGGAGAGUAUCUUCUCAAAGUCCUACAAAGAAAAAGACACUAGCGUCAUCGGCAGCUCCCCCAGUACAGUGCUCUACAUCAGCUCGCUCCUCGCGUGGACGCUGUUGCUGACCAUAUGCCCCAUCAGUGAGCUGAAGAAAAAGCUGGAGAUGCACUUCCAUAAGCUUCCAAGCCUCCUGUCUUCCGACGACGUGAACAUGAGAAUAGCCGCUGGGGAGUCAUUGGCGCUUCUGUUUGAAUUGGCCCGAGGGAUGGAGAGUGACUUUCUUUAUGAAGACAUGGAGUCGCUGACUGAGAUGCUUAGGGCCUUGGCCACCGACGGAAAUAAGCACCGGGCCAAAGUGGACAAGAGAAAGCAGCGGUCGGUGUUCAGAGACGUCCUGCGGGCCGUGGAGGACCGGGAUUUCCCAACAGAAACUGUUAAAUUUGGUCCUGAGCGCAUGUAUAUCGAUUGCUGGGUCAAGAAACAUACCUACGACACGUUUAAGGAGGUCCUGGGGUCGGGGAUGCAGUACCACCUGCAGUCGAAUGAGUUCCUCCGCCACGUGUUUGAACUUGGCCCCCCCGUGAUGCUCGACACCGCGACGCUCAAAACGAUGAAGGUCUCCCGCUUUGAAAGGCAUUUAUAUAAUUCUGCAGCCUUCAAAGCCCGAACAAAAGCUCGAAGCAAAUGUCGAGAUAAGAGAACAGAUGUUGGAGAAUUCUUCUAGAUUUUCUGCAUUUGAAGACUACUUCCUCAUUUCCAGUUUUUUCCUUUUGUAAUUUCUAAGAUAUUUAAACUCUGUAGACAGUUUUUAUCUCGGGUCAGCACAGAUUGCUUUUGUAGCAGGGGUUGUGUUACUUGUAAUUUAAUGUAUAGUAUUGCAAAUAGUGAGUUCUGAUUAUUGAAUAUUCUCUGUAAAUAUUGUCAGUAAACCAUGAAUAAGAUGUUUGUAAUGUUAGAUCAUUUCUAUUUAUGAAGAAAGCAAAAACAUUGUAUUCCACAAUAAGAAAACUAUUAGCCAGGAUGAAAUAUUCUGUGGUUGUCAGAUACUGAUUUAAUGAUACAGAUAUUACAAGGUAUUUAAUUUAAGAUCUUAGACAAACGAGUUCUGGUUACAGUUUUGGGAGCUGGUUCUUCUGGAAAAGCUGCUAUGUUUUUCAUUGUAAAUGGAACCUGAUGAUUUUCAUUUUGUCGCUGGGAUCAACAUAGGGAACUCAGCCCGGCGCGCAGGAGUUCUGGCAUCGCAGGGUGCUGGCCUUGACCGCUGGGGGCAGUGACACUAAUUCCACCUGUUGUGUAAGACCUGUACUUUUAUUUUGAAAUAAAAUUCUUUUCACACUAAAA